AUUAAUAUACAUUAUAUUUAUAAAUAAUCUAUAAGUAAUCUUAAAAUGUAUAAUAAAUAAUUUUUAUAAACAAUUUUAUAUAAUAUAUAAUUAUAUAUAAUAUAUUGUAAUAAAAGUUUGUAAAUUGUGUUUGUACACGGUUUAAGAGCAAGUUUAAAUUUUUAGCGCGUUUUCUUAUCCUUCGUUGUCGCUAUAAUCACAAACUGCAAAUGGCUACGGAUGCGAUUCAUGUAGUCUCAGAAAUGCGAUAUCAAGCAGAAUCUUAUUUUGCAUGCAAAACAGCAAUGUUCAUGAUGAUAGUGCAACAGUGAUCAUUGUCACGUGUGUAUUUCUUUGAAAACAAAGUCAUUCGCGAUUUUCAUAAGGUCGCGCAAUUAAGUUUUCCGCGGGAAAAUAAUGUCUGGAUAUCGAAGAGUGAAUUAUUACGAACUGUGUAGAUUGUGUACUAGCAACGAAGGAACCAAAAUGAACAUCUUCCGGGAAGAAGGUCGUAGACGACAACUUCAAACAAAGAUUCAAACAUGUUUACCUAUACAGGUUUUAGAAGAGGAUUCUUUGCCAAAAAUUGUUUGUCACGAAUGUGUAAAGAAAUUAGAAAACUUUAUUGAAUUUAGAGAAACAGUUGUAAGUGCAGAGGGUAUGUUAGAAUCAUAUUUUACUUCACUACGAUUCUCUGAAGAUUUUCUAAAGGAAGGUAAGGUUUAUGUGAAAAAUACAGAAAAGGAUAGACCUGUAACACCUGAAAAUGAAGUAUUAAAGUCAAUUGAAAAAGUAGCACCAACAACAGGAAAUCAAAUAAUCAACAAUGAUCAACAAAUACAACAUCAACAACCUGUUGUUGUUAGUAAUAUAAAUACUUCAAAUAUUCAAAUUAUUAGUGGAGUUCAAGCAAGAGUUCAACAAUAUAAAUGUGCCAUGCAGAUGCAACCAGGUGGUAUGGCAGCUGCUGUUGUAGAAGCAACAGCAGAAACACAUUAUAGUUAUCAACAACAGACUUCACAGCAAGUAUCUCCUCAACAAUCAAAUGAACCACAAAAUCAAAUUAAUGAUCAACAAAGUUCUACAUCGCAAAUUCAACAAGUGCAAAAUCAAAUUCAAAAUCAUGGUCAAAUAAAUCAACAAAUGCAAUCACAAAGACAAAUUUCUCAACAAAUUUCUCAACCACAAAAUCAAACACAAGUUGGUCAACAACAGCAACAACAAAAUCAGUCACAAAUAACACAACAGAUUCAACAAUUACAAAGACAGCAAAGAGAGUUUGAAAAACAUAGACAACUUCAACAAAUUGAAAAACAAGUACAAAUUGCUACACAAGAAUUUCCUAUUAAGCAAGAGCCUCAAGCACAAAUAGUGCAUCAAAAUAAUAAUAUAAUUUUAAAAUCAGAACCUGAUGCUAAACAAAAUCAACAAAUCAUUCAGAAAGUACAAUCUGAAACUCCAAAAGAUGAAAGUGGUACUCAAAAUGUACAAAGUUAUACUGUACAAGCCACACCAGAAGUAUUUUUAAAUUUAGGAUUUAAAGAAGCACCUUUAGUUACACAAACUGUUCGAGAAGAGACAAAAGAAUUUAAGUCGGAAGAUACAAUAUCUCGAAACUCAAUCGGACAAAUCUCCGAAUUUUUAAGAAUAAAAUCAGGACCUGAACCAACAUCUUUAAUUACUGUCAAUCCUCAAGUUAUUUCACAAAAUCAUAGAAAUACUACUUGUAAAGAAUGUGGCAAAAUUUUUUCUUCCAUAAAUCAAUUAAAUGGUCAUAAUUGUUCUGUUCAAAAUCUUUUAAAUGAAACAUCUGAUAAUAGUAAUAAUAAAGAAGAUUCUUUACAAAAUAAUAGCAAUUCAUUUAGUUGUGAUGUUUGUGGAAAACCAUUUAAACGGAAAGAACAUCUUUAUCAACAUAGAAAACUACAUACUGGUGAACGUCCCUAUGUGUGUACUACGUGUUCAAAAGCAUUUAGUCGCAAAGAACAUUUAGUUAGGCAUUCUGUAUCUCAUACAGGUGAAAAGAUGCAUCAGUGUGAAAUGUGUGGUAAAAAUUUUUCUCGAAAAGACAAUCUUCACAAACAUCGUAAAACGCAUGGUGUAUCGGGUCCGUAUAUUUGUGAAACUUGUGGAAAAUCAUUUGUAGUAAAACAUUACUAUUUAAUGCAUUUAACAACUCAUGCUUCAACUAUUGGAGAUGGUGUAAAUUGUCAGGAUCCUUUACCAUACAAAUGUGAUAUUUGUCACAAAGCAUUCUCUGUAAAACAAUAUCUUACAACUCAUAAACUUAGGCACAGAUCAAAGAAUAAUAAUUCUUCUCAUAAUACUGUAAAUGGUCAGCAACAACAACAACAAACACAACAAUCUAAUACAAAUAAUAUAAAUAUAGUAACAAGUAAUGUUAAUAAUUCUGGAAACUUAAAUAAUAGCAAUGGACAGUCUAAUAAUGGAUCAACGGUUGAAAUGCAAAGUGUUAUUGAAAGAAAUGAACAACCAAAUGGUUCAUUUAAUAAUCAGUAUCAUAAUAAUAUACAAGAAUUUCAAUGAGAUAAGGGGAAGCGUGUCUAUUAUGUUCUCUUGCCAAAUGGUAACAAUCACAAAAUUGUUGUUAUGUGAGCAAGAGAAAUUUUAUGACGCGCUAAAAUAUUUUUUUAAACUAUGCCUUCUGUUAUUCAAGAAGGAAAUUUUUUGUACUUUAAUAAGACAAAAAAAAAUGAAUUUUUAAAUAUUAUUAUUUUAAAUAAAUUAAAAAUUAAAUAACUUAUCAUUUAUAUUCUAUCAAUAUUCUAUCAAUCAGAAAGUAGAAUCUUCAGUGGCUUAUGAGCUUAACUUUAAUAAAUUAUACACUAUGUAUAUAUUUUGCCAGUAAAAUAUUACAAGUAUGAAAUGCAUGCUGUUUUAUAUGAAUGCACACUGUUAUUUAAUGUUUAAACAGAUUGUGUGCUACAAAAUUUAAGUGUGCAUGGAUAGUCAUAAGGUUGUUCCAAUACCUGAUUAGAAAUAUAUUUUCAUUAAAUUAAAAUGAAAAUAUUAAAUUGAUAUAUAAUCAGUAUAAAUUACCAAUUAUUUUAACUGCUUAUAUUAAUAAAAUUAAAAUAAUAUACUAGAAAUAAUCAUAUUCUUUUAUAAAUUUCAUUAAUAUAUAAUAUUUUUGUUAUCUUUAUUGAUUAUUGAUAUUGAUAUUGAUGUAAUCAAUAUUUAAAUUAUAUUUUUUAUGAAUAAUCAAAAUGAUAUUAGAUAUUAAUCUUCAAAUAAUGAAAUUCUGAUAGCGAUGCGGCAGAUCGAUGCAGAAUCAAAGAAUUUUCUUCUCUACUUUUAAGAGAAAAAAAUUCUGAUUCAAAAUAUCAUAAAUAUAUACAUAUAAUAAUGUUUAUUAUGUUAAAGACAAAAGUUUUGUUUGCGAUGUAUCAGAUCUGAAUUCGAUGCUUUAAUUUUGCUUUAUAAUAUAAUUUUGGACAACCAAUAAUUCUAAUUAAUUUAUUGAAUUUCAAUAUUGUUUACUUACAAUUGUAACACUUUAAAAUAAGAAACAAAGUAUGAAUAUUGUUGUGUUAAAAUGAUCCUGUAUCUGCCAUGCAAGAAUUAAUGGUUGUUUUAUAUUUUAUUUUGUGCAAUAUUUUUUAUAAUUAUAUAUAUUAGAUAUAUGGUUAUCAAAAGUAGAUAAAUUUGUUUUUUAUUUUUUUUUUUUUUGAGCAGUGAUUGCAACAAUCUAUGACCAUUUUGCAAAGUAUUUUAGGAUUAUAUGAUUUAUAUGUAAAUUAGAAUACAAAACAAAAUCUAAGACCAAAGAAAUUUAUAUUAUAUAUAAAUUGGUAAUAGUAAGAUAACAUCAGGUGCAAUCUAAUCAGAUUAGCUCCAAUAUAAUUAAGAUUUCAGUUAAGUGUAUUUACAAUAUACAUAUGUGUAUAUUGUAUAGCACUAGAAUAUGUACAAUGAUCUUAAAAUCGUUAUUUUCUAACAAAUGAAAGCGUGCCAUACAAUGAAUCUUUGAAAAUAAGUAUAUGAGAAAUUAUAAUUAUCUAAAUUUCUUGCUAAAUUUUCAACAUAUAUUGACCAAAAUCAAGAAGAAUUAAAAGAAUUUAUAUUUCUUAAGCCACAUUACUUCUAUUGCAUCUGUAUAUAAUUAGCAUUAUCAUUUAAUUUAUGGUUUUUUUUUAAUUUCACUUUCAAAAUCAAACAGGGGGCAACUAUAACUUAAUGUAACAAUAUAACAAAAGUUCCCAGCAUAUUCUCAGUAUAUAUAAAUUUUGUAUUUUUGCACAAUAAUAAUAUAUUACCAAAAAUUUAUAAUUUAUUUCAAAUUAUUGUUUGAUAUUUAAUUUAUUUGCAUCUUUUUUAUUAUAUUUUAUGUAACAAAGUCAGUAAAAAAUUUAAAUUGCACAAUUUUACAUCAUAUUUUUUACAGAAUUAAUGCAUUAUUAAAAUAAACAUGAAAUUUUCAAUUAAAUUUGAGCGCAAAAUUUUUUAUUACAAACAUAUAUUAAUAAAGUUUUGUUGUUGCAUAACAAAUGUCUUAAAAUGUAAAUGAAUAUUCCACAGUACAAAAAAUUUAUUUUAAUUACUGGUUAGACUUUAUUUUAUUAUAAAGUCUUGUAUAUAUAUAUAUCAAAACAGAAGUAAUGAGUUUAAGACUGUGUUUCUAUAUCAGUUAGCAUUAGAUGUACAUUUGAAAUAUAGAUUUAUAGAAAUGACAUUGUAUAUAACAUGGUCCAGUGAAUAAGACAAAAAACUGUUAGCACUGUUCCUAAGGAAAUGGUAUUCUCAGCAAAGCAGAAAAUACCUCUAUUCAUAUUAAAGUAUUGUAAAAUAGAUAUAACUCCAAAGAUAUAAUGCUUUUAUUAAUUGUAUACUUUGUGCCUAAUUAUUAAAAUCAUAAAAAUCAUUUAUUUCAUGAGAAAAUCUAUAUAUAAAAUAAUUCUUUGAUUUUAAGUAGCCCCCUGCUAUAUGCAAUUUGCAAAUAAAAUGACAUUAAUUAUUUAGAUAUGAUUAUUUUUGAAAUUUAAAUUGUUAAUUUUUAUAUUUUACAUUGUAUAUAUUUUCCAACUAAUAUUAUAUUUAAAUAUAUUAUAAUAUUCUAAAAAUA